AUGCGCUCAAUCUUACUAGGCGUUGGAGCAGCUGCGCUGCUCCCUUUUGCUGUUUUUGCCACUCCAAUCUCAGCUGAUCCUGGGCUGGCUCCUCUCUCAGCCUCUCCAGACGCUCAACAUAUCGACGACUCAUAUAUCGUCGUCUUCAAGAAAGGCAUCGACGUCGACCAGAUUGCUCUACAUCUCAACGUUGUGGAAGGAUGGCAUUACGCUUCUCCCUUGUACGCUUUCACUUCCGAUGGAGAUGUCGAUACCGGUGGUAUAAACCAUGUCUAUGUUCCAUCUACAGAGCACUUCAAUUACGCUGGGUAUGCUGGCAAGUUCUCACCUGAGACGAUCGACUCUAUCCGAUCCGCUCCCGAGGUCGCAUAUGUUGAACGAGACCAAGUCAUGCACACUUUGGAAAUCCCCCGCGGUGUCGACGAUGCUUUUUUUGACGGUUCCGACGACUCGGCAGAUCUCAGCUCUUCCGGCAUCAUGACUGAGACCGGCGCUCCUUGGGGACUCGCUCGACUAUCUCACCGUGAUCCCCUUCAUCUGUCCACUUUCACCAAAUAUCUUUACCACCAAGAUGGAGGUUCAGGUGUUACUGCAUAUGUCAUCGACACUGGUAUCAACAUCGAUCACGUUGAAUUCGAAGGACGCGCCACUUGGGGUAAAACCAUCCCCAAGAACGACGUAGACAAGGACGGAAACGGUCACGGAACACAUUGCGCCGGCACGAUUGCAAGCAAGAAGUACGGUGUAGCCAAAGCUGCCAAACUCGUCGCUGUUAAGGUACUCGGUAGUAAUGGUAGUGGUAGUAUGUCUGAUGUGCUCGCCGGUGUCGUCUGGGCUGCCAACCAGGCGUCUGAAGCUGCUGUCAACGCUAUCAAGGAACUCGUCGCCACGGGCAAGACGAAGCACAAGGGUUCCGUUGCCAACAUGUCAUUGGGAGGAGGAAAGUCUCAAUCUCUGGACGACGCGGUGAAUGCCGCUGUCGAAGCUGGUCUUCACUUUGCCGUGGCUGCUGGCAAUGACAACAGAGAUGCCUGCAACUACUCUCCUGCCUCUGCCGAACUCGCUGUCACUGUCGGAGCCUCUACUCUAGGCGACCAACGCGCUUACUUCUCCAACCACGGCAAAUGUGUUGAUAUUUUCGCACCUGGGCUCAACAUCCUUUCCACUUGGAACGGUGGCAACGAGACUUCCAACACCAUCUCCGGUACCUCCAUGGCCUCUCCUCACAUCUGUGGUCUUCUCGCUUACCUUCUUUCUAUCCACGGCACAGAAACCUUUUCCCUGCUCGAAGGCGAUGACUCGUCGGACCUGGCACCCGCAGGUUAUUACGAGAAAGCUUACGAUCUCCUUCCAAAAGCUGUCCAGGCCGUCCUUCCUCAACCUGGUGCCGGCGUCGGAAUCCUCGUCAGUCCAGACGGCAACCAAGUCGCCCCUAUCCCACCCAAGAACAACGGCACUAUCACCCCAGCUAAACUCAAGAAGGCUCUUAUCGCCCUCGCUAGCCCCGGUAUGCUCGAAGAUCUUCCUAGCGGUACUCCCAACCUUCUCGCCUACAACAACGCCACCCUUCCGUCCAAGAAGGCUUAG